CAGAAAAGGGGUUUGUAGUUCUAAUGCGUUGUUUGUUGUUGUUUAGCUGAGUUUAACUUCAACUUUUGGGCAAAACUUUUUUUACUUAACAUUCUUGUCACUCAAUGACACCUAUCGGUCUGUCACUCUGUUUCAUCAUCAUGGCUCACUAUUAGUCUUCAACCUUCUCGAUUACUCUUCAUCUCUCUCUCUCUCUCCUCUUUUUCCGUCUCUUCUUCAUUCUCCAACCAAAGACAGUAGUUGAACAGUUUUUACUCGAGUCUCAUGUUGCUCCUUACCGUCUUCCACUCAUCCUCCUCCUCCUCAUCCUUAUCAUCAUCCUCAUCCACAACAACAUCAACAACGUGUAGUCUCUUCAAGUCUCUCAACAUUUAUCUUUUAAAUGUGUUUAACUAAAACAUCUUCAUCCAUGGUGACUAUGCUAUCAAAAAAGAGCAGUUCAGCCGCAAGGCGAAUGCGAACAGCUUAUACAACAAAUCAACUUCUCGAACUGGAAAAAGAGUUUCUCUUUAAUAAAUAUCUAUGUCGACCGAGACGCAUCGAGAUAGCGUCGACUCUUGAACUAAGUGAACGACAGGUUAAAGUUUGGUUUCAAAAUAGACGGAUGAAGGCUAAACGUCAAAAUCCAUCGAAAGGCAGUGCUUCAUCGGCAUCAUCGUCAUCUUCCUCUUCCUCUUCUUCAUCCUCAUCAUCCUCGUCAUCAUCUUCAUCGUCAUCUUCAACAACCUCUGAAUUGUCACUGAAAACGGAACCCGAUUCAGAGGGAAAAGUUAAAUAUGACCAUUCAUGUGAUAACCCGUCUUCAGCUGUAUCCACACUUUCAUCCUCAUCGUCACCCUCAGCAACCUCAUUAACAGCAACCGCAACAACAACAACCUCACCUUUGGAUGUUAAAUGUUCCCUCAAUGACCUGGACAGUCACAAGGAACAGAAUCACUCUGAUUAUCCAUGUGAUUAUCCUUCUUCACAUUCAUCUUCAGCUUCCUCAACACCAAUCAUGUAUGGGCCAACAGGCAAGGCAACAACUCCAGUCACACCGAUAACCAACAACCUACUCAAUGGAUCUCACCGGUCAACCUCAACUGUACCCUCGACCCUAUCCAGUGGACUGUCAAGCUCAUCCACUGUCACCACUUGCACCACAUCGACAACCUCCUCAUCCCUGUCCAACUCUACCUACUCUACAACAACACCUUCCAAUACCAUUAAAUAUGAGAAUCGUGAAAAUGAUCUAGUGAAAGGUUAUUAUGAUUAUCCAUGUGAUUAUCCUUCCUCAUCAUCAGCCGUCUCCUCACUUUCAACCUCAUCUUCAUCUGGAUCGACCACUUCAUCAUCCGAUGUCAACUAUCCAACCGGUGAAAGUGAUCCAGUGAAAGGCUAUUAUGAUUACCAAUGUGAUUAUCCUUCCUCAUCUUCAGCUGUCUCAUCCCUUUCAACCGCAUCAACCUCACCCGCCUCAUCAGCAUCAAUACCAACAGCUACAGGACACAUUUACAAUGGUCCAACAACGGUACCAACGGUAACACCGACAACAGGGGCAACCAAUACCAUGCCAAAUGGAUCUCAUUUUGACGACUUUUAUCUUGAAACCUCAAAUGGUAGCUAUUUUGAAGUACAAAACACCAACAUAUCAAGUACUGAGAGCGAAACUCACAACAUUCCCGAAUCCAGUUUAUCAAUAGGUAACAUGUACAAUCAUCACCAUCACCAUAUUCAACAACAACAACAGCAACCAUUACAUCACAUAAAUCAUCUUCAACAACAGCAAAUACCAAAUCAUUUAAAUCAUAUUCAAUCACAGCAACCACAAACUCACCAGCAAUCAAACAUUUCACAUUUACAGCAUCAACAGUCCCAACAAUCCCAUCAUCAACACCAUCAACAAACCCAAAGACAACAGCAGCAACACUACCUUCCUCAACAACAACAACAACACCGUUCAUUUCCCAACCAAUCUCAACAUUUAUCAUCGUAUAACAAUGUUGACGUAAACUCAGGCGAUCUGGAAUCAACAUGUUACAAUGCAAAUAACACAAACAUUAACAACCUUUACGAUUCCAAUUAUUAUCCGGAAUAUUCAUCAUGUGGAUCAAUCAACAAUGAUUACAACAAUUUUAACAAUUCAACAAAUGAUUUCUUUUCAAAUGAAUAUUAUCAACUUUGUUGACCAAAAAAAAGCCGGAAUCUCGAAGCAACAAAAAACAAGACAAAAACUUGACUCGUGAUUGACCCAACGAUGAAACCAAAAAGUCACUUAGACAUGCAACCAACUAGGACAAAGACGAGGACAGCAACUGGGGUUACACUUACCAACACUUGUACAUAAUUCAAUUAAUCAAAAGUUUUCUUCUUUUGCUUUCCUUUGUAAAUGUAAUUGACUUGAAAAGUGAAAAUGAUAAGUUAAAUUGUAAACAAUUAACAGUGCAAAGUUUGUAAAGUAACAAAAAAUGCAAUGAUGAUAAUGAUGAUCAAUCUUUCCUUUUCAAGUUUCUUCAUUCAUUUGAUUGUCAAUAAUAGCAAUUAAUAAUAUUAUUUCGUGGUUCCUCAACUCUUCCUUUUGUUUCCUUCCUUCAUGAUGCAAACCAAAAAACAAACUCAUCAUCCUCAUCAUUAUCAUCAUCAUGAAAAAGUCAAUUUUUUUCUCUCUAUCUCUCUCUUCGUUUGCUGGAAUCAAAAGUGAAACAAAAAGGUUGAUAGAAACAGUACAAUCUCAACUAUUCUGAAUUCUUACCUUUCGAUUCUAAUGUUCAAAGUUCUGUUCAAAAAUCCUUUUUGCUUCUUCCUCUUUUUGUCAACCCUUUUCUUUCCCGCUCUUAUUGAACACUUUUUUUGCUGUAUAAAUUUUAUUGAAACAAAAAAUAUAAUUAUAAUCAAAAAAUUAUUGACACAAAUAUGAUUUAAUUAAAGUGAAAUAC